AUGUCAAAAAUAAAUCCUUCACUCGUCCACUCUUAUGGGAAUGUUGGGCCAUGUAAAAACUGUUAUUACACGGUUAAAGAAAAGGGAAGAUGGAAGGAUAUGCAUUAUAUAACCGAAGAGAUGGCGAUGCUUCAAAAUGGCGAAGCAAUAUGUAAAUAUUGUGUUGAUAGCGCCUUCAAGCCUGAAAGGCAUGAGCUUGUUCGGUCUGAUGCAGAGCUGAAGUGCCCGGCUAAAAAUUGCGAUGUGAAAAAUCUUUCUUGGAGAGAGUACGGGAUCGGAAAAUGUUGUGCUCCAGCGAUGGUAAAACAAAGUGGAAAAGACAGGCAGGAGUACGUAACUUUGGUUAUGAAAAAUUUGAAUGAGGCCAGAGCUGUCGAGCCGGAAGAGAAAUUGGAAUGGGAGAAAAAGUAUCUCGAAUGGGCGAAAAAGGAUACUGAAAGAAUGGAAGCGUCCUUGAAAACUGCCUACAUUGGAGCUUUGCGAGAGAUGGGCGCCUCAGAAGAUAAGGAAGAGGGCAGUUGUGACAUCUGCUUCGAAGGCUACGACAAACAGGUGCGACGCGAGUGUACUCUCCUCUGCGGACAUCGAUAUUGCCUCCAUUGUUUGACUGGUCUCAAAGAGAAGUUCUGCCCAACCUGUCGUAUCCAGUUCACAAACGAACAGAUUAUCAAACUCUUCUGA